AUUACAUAAAAAUCACAGAAAAUUGCAAUAUAAACCAUGGCUCUGCGGUUACUUGGCCGUUCAAUGGCCGCCCACCUGCGUGGCCUGCAAUUAAACGGCACCAGAAGGGGCUUAAAUGGCUAUAAUAUCAAUCUCCCCACUGAGGUUCCUUUGGUAUCCUGUUGGUGGUCACAAAAUCGCCUGCUGCACGUGAGGAUUACGGAUCAGGAAGCCGGUUUGCAGACUCAAAGAGAAGCCAACCGGAACCAGAAUCCUUUCAGGGAAGAAGAUCUCGAGGAACCUCGUCUAGAGGUUCCAAAACAACGUCUGAAAUUCAAGCCACAAAAGAAGAUCAAGAAGGUCCAGGAUUUUGGGGAUCCGGAUACCUUUGGCGAUGCCAAAAUCGAUGAAACCCAAGAUCCUGGCGACGCUGAAGAAGAGGAGUUCCUCAGCAAUGCCACGCGGAGAUCGAAGAAGCUGCAGGCCGUUGAAUAUGCCCGUCAAAUCAAGGAUCAUCUGAAGGCCAAUCGUUUGAAUGAAGCCAUCGCCGUGCUGGAGCAACGAAUGCUGCGAGAGGAUCGCGCCAAACCAGACAAAUAUAUAUACAAUCUCCUCAUCAGCGGUUGCGCCAAGGCGGGAUAUACACGAAAGGCCUUCUCCUUGUAUACGAAGAUGCGGCAGCGGGGACUCCAGGUGACCGGAGGAACCUACACCUCUCUGUUCAACGCCUGUGCAAAUGCUCCUUCCUUAAGCGAUGGUUUGGCCAAGGCACAGAUUCUCAGGGAAAACAUGCUGGAGAAGGGCUACGAGCCGAAUGUGAAGAACUACAAUGCGAUGAUCAAGGCGUAUGGAAGAUGCGGCGAUGUGGACACUGCCUACCUGCUGGCCGAUGAGAUGAUGGAGCGGCAACUCGAUCUAAAUGCCGAUACCUACAAUUUUCUGCUGCAGGCGUGUGCGAGUAACACGGAGCACGGUUUUCGGCAUGCUCUGCUCACCUGGCACAAAAUGUUAAAGAGUGGAGUCACUCCCGACUUCUACAGCUUCAAUGCAAUGCUGAGAUGUGCCAGGGAUUGCGGUUUUGGGGAUUUGGAUGCAAUGCGGGAGGUUCUUGAUCAAAUUGCUCCGGCGGCAGCUAGGAAAAACCAAGUUCUUCAGUUGGAGGAGGGUCAAAAUGAUGAUUUACCUAGUUUACCAUCUAAAACUAAUGAGUUAACCGCCCAAAUAGAGAUAUCUAGCACUACAAGCCAGCUGGAACUGCCCAAUCUUCUGCUGCCUCGUCCCCAUUUGGGCAGCUUGGUGGCUUUAGAAGAGGUGACACGUCCACAUGAACGUUUUCUGCUACUCGGCGGCCUCACCGGUUUUCUGGAGCACAUGAAGCAGCACAAAAUCACUCCAAAUAUCGAAACAUUUACCACAAUGCUGGAGGUAAUACCCCCUACAAAUGCAGCAGAAAAGCAGCUGCUUAGUUUUGUGAGGAAAAUUGGAUUAAAAGCAGACAUAGACUUCUUCAACAUACUAAUCAAAAAGCGUUCGAUGCGCUUUGAUUAUGAGAAUGCCCGGGAAGUGCUCACAAUGAUUCGCACGGCGGGAUUGCGACCGGAUAUUGUGACCUAUGGAGUGCUCGCCUUGGGUUGUCGCACGCAGGAGGAGGCCAGGGAACUGCUGCAACAAAUGCAAGUGGCGGGCAUUAAGAUGAAUAUGCCUAUUUUAGGCGCUAUGCUGCGGCAAGGAUGCGCCAAUAAAUCUUUUGGCUACAUCAAUGAGAUCAUCCAGUUGAGUCUGGAGGAGGGCCUGAAGCCCAAUGAGUCGUUUUUACGUCAUCUGCAUAACUUUCACAGGGGCUGCGCCAGAGCAAUUGAUGCCAGGCACCCCUCGACUAAAACAGCUGCCUUCAAGAAGGGACACUCAAAAUUCUGUGAUAAAUACCGCCUGUACUACGAGGAGUUGGGCUUAGCUGGUCUCAAACUGGAAGAUGCCAUUGCCAAGAUGAAGGAGCGUCCCUACGAAAAAUACAAACUGCCGCCUGUGGAGGGAAAGGAGCCCCUGAAGCACGAACUACUCAAAAACAAAACCAAACAGCGGAAGUACAUCAAAAAGAUCAAGAUAGACGAGCUGCAAGAUGAUCCUCCCAGAGAGUCGAUAAAAAGGAUAGAAUAAGUUCAACAUUAAAGUUUAUUAUUAUUAUUGUUAA